UUGUUCCCUUGGGCAAUUUGGGUUGGGGAUUUGAACACUACCCAUCUUCAAUCUUGAAUCUUCAACCUUCACCGUAGCAAGUAGCAACCUCUCCUAAGUAACAGUUUUUGACAACUGAAAUGUAUGAGUUUGGGUCAGAAUCAAAGCCUUGUGACACCCCAGUCACACUUUUCAUCAAACACCUACCGGAAGCCAUUCCCCAUGACACUCUCUCUCGAAUCUUCGCCAAUUUUCACGCUUCCUCUGUUCGUCCUUGCUCCAGUGCCAGGAUGAGAAAUUCGGCUUUUGUGGAUUUCAAAAAUGAGAUGCUGGCAUCUCAAGCGCAACGCCAACUAAAUGGGUUGAGAUUUCUCGGUAAAGUCUUGUCAGCAGAAAGAGCUAGUAACCCAACCGAGAAUGGUGAAAAUAGUAGCACUGCUCAGCUGGGAAAGGAGGAUUCUAAAACAUCAAUGCUGAGGAAUGCAAAUGUAACCAAACCUGUUGAUGGAGAUAUGAAGUCAGGAGGCAUUCCAAUUGCUGAGCCAAUUUCUGAUAGACUUGGUGUCAAUUAUCCAUUUCCUCCCCAUCUUGAGUAUGCUUACCCUCCACCUGAUGGAAAUAUACUGACCAACAUUGUGAAUGCUCUAAUUGCUGUUCCCCGCUUUUACACUCAGGUUUUACACUUGAUGAACAAAAUGAACAUCCCGGCUCCAUUUUGUAUGGCACUGCCCACACCUCCAUUACCUCCAGAGGUACCAGCAACAACACCACCUCCACCUCCUUCGAUUAUAACCACGAAUCCUCGGUCUGCAGAUCUGUCUUGUGGUGAAUCAGAGAUGGAAUCUUCAGAAGAGGAGGAUGAAGCAAGAACAAAAAGGUCUGGGAAAAAGCGUGCCAGGCGUGAGACCAUUGUUGGACCUGCUAUUGAUAAAGGUGUGGCUCAUGAGUCUGUUGGAGUAAAACCAGCCGCCUUGGUCCCAAAAGAAAUCCCAGUGAUAAAAAAGAACCCUGUCUUAAAGAUAAACAUUGCUCCCAAAGCAAUUCUGAAUGAACAUAAAGAUGAUGACACAUCUCAAGAGUUACAAGAGCCAGAAAAAGAUGGUCCGGAUCCUAACAAAUUUUUGACUCCAUAUGAAUUAGAGAGAGGAAAGUUGCCUCCUGAGGAAAUCUUAUCCCUUCCAAUGUUUAAGAACUAUACAGCUGGAAAUCCUGCUCCUGUGUUGUAUAUCAAGAAUUUGGCAAAAGAUGUGAUUGCUGAUGAUUUCUAUUUUAUAUUUGGGUCUUUGUUUGGAAGUAUUGAGGAGGCUAAGUCUGGUCUUCAAGUCAAACUGAUGCAGGAAGGACGGAUGAGGGGUCAAGCAUUUAUAACAUUCCCCUCCAUUCAAUUGGCUCAUCAUGCCCUGAAUCUAGUGAAUGGGUAUGUAUUAAAAAGCAAGCCAAUGAUCAUCCAGUUUGGUCGGAAUCCUGCCGCUGCCAAGGGAACUUAAAUCUAUGGACACAGGAAUUGCUCAUUGCCUGAUUGCAUCUAUAACAUACUGUUAAUGAUGCAUUCUUUAUUCACUGACUGGGAGAGGAUUCUGCAUUAAACUGCUGCUACCCUAACAAUCAGGAAUGCCAAUGAUAUGGAUGCUGGUAUGCACAUUCUCUUUGGGUUUAUCAAAGUCAGAGGCUAAGAUAUAAGGCUACUUUAGUAUUCAUGCAGUUUCCCUAAAAACUGUAGAGGACCAAAAUUUCGUUGGAGGCUAUAUGAAUCUAGAGUUCACAUUGUUGGAAAGAGGUGUUGGAAAUGUAGACCAAAGGUCAUCAUUACAAAGGGCACCCUCUGUAGUGUUGCUGUAGGCCCUUCAUAGUAGUAGUAUAGGGACCAUUUUUUAUAUGUAUCGUAAACACAUAUAUAUAAUAUGAUAUUUUGUUCAUUUUCUGCUGUGAAGCAAAA